CUCCAGACAGCAGCCAGAGUGCAGUUGAGGAAGGUUCAGGUGCAGGUUCAUUACAGGCGGCAUGGCGGUCUUGCAGCUGCUCGCGCUCUCGGGUCUCCUGGCGUCUGCGCGGGGCUCGGGCUACGGGGGGUUUCCGCCCCCCAUGGCUUCCUACGGCGCCCCCGUGGCCCCCCUGGUGCCCCAGCCCCAGGCGUACCCCAUAUACGACUACGACUAUGACUACGACUACUACGACGACAGUUUCGGCGGGUUUUUCAAGGGCCUGUCGAAGGGCAUGUCGUCCCUCAUAGGCGGGGGCAAGGGCGGGGGCGGCGGCAAGGGCGGGGGCGGCGGCGGCAAGAGGCCCCCCAAGAUUGUGCAGAUCCCCGUGCCCCAACACGUACCCCCGCCGCCCAAGCCGCAGGUCGUGCACGUCAAGGUGCCCAAGUGCGAGCCCGAGAUCCAGUACGUGACCAAAUACGUGAACGAGAAGGUCCCGAUCCCGGUCGCCCACACCGAGUUCGUGGACCGCGUGGUGCCCACCGUGGUGUACCAGACGGAGCACCAGAAGAUCAAGGAGACGGAGUUCGUGACCCACGUCCUCACGCAGCUCCUCACUUCCACCUACACCAAGUCCAUCGUGGUUCCGAGGAAGUCCUAUGUGACGCAGACAUACACGAGCCUCGUGACCAGAAAUGUCAUACAGAGGACGACCGAGGUCAGCUACACGCCCGUGGUGCAGACGCAGCAGCUGACGGUGACGCAGACGGCCGUGAGGGUCGAGCAGGUCCCCGAUAUUCGUUACACGACCGUCGAGCGGACGAGGCCUGUCAUCAGCACUGCCUACGUCACGGAGACGAAGCUCCAGCUGCAGCCGUCCGUCGUCUUUAAGACGCAGUACGAGACGCUGACGCAGGUGUCGACGCAGUACGUCCCGCGCGUCUCGACGGUGUACGGGCCGCCGCAGACGCUGACGACGACGGAGUACCGGCACGUGACGUCGUCGAUCUACGCGCCCGCUCCCGCGGGUGGCGGCUCGGGCCCCGUGACCAUCACGCAGCAGCUCAAGGAGUACGUCCCGACGGUCAAGACGCAGUACGUGACGUCGACUGUCGUCAAGAAGGAGUACGUCACCGUGACGCCCAAGUGCCCCUCGGGAGGCGGAUAUGGCUACAGCCCGCCGCUGCAGGUCGGGUCCUACUCGGAGCAUGAGGAGCACAAGGUGGAUCCUGCGGCGGUGGCGGCCCCUGCGGUAGCGGCCGCGGCAGCGCCUCAGGUGGCUGCGGCGGUAGCGGCGCCGCUGCAGCAGGCCGUAGCCGUAGCCCUCCACCAGAACUCCGGUGUAAGUCCGGCGUCCUUCGGAGUGCCCUUUCCCGGCAUCGGCGCAGUAGGGGGAGGCCACGUGACUCAGGUGUCUGGGCAAGUCUACAACCUCAGGUGAUUCUUCGGCGCGUCAGUUUCCCUCCGGAAGCGGGCGCGGACCCCGUCCGACGGACCGAGAGAAGAGGCGAGAAGCGCUCCUUACGCCUCGCGCGGAAGGGGCUCCAUGCCAGCGCCGUGCCGCGUGUACAUAUUGUUUAUGUUUUGUAUUUUCCUUACAUCUAGUCUCUGUGAUUCAGAAGAUUUACUUUAUUGUUCUAUUUUCCUUGUUUUCUAAAAAAAAGAAAAAAAAAACAGGAAUACUCUGCCCCAAUAGCAGUAGAUACAGGUAAACGUUAUUGCCAUCUUUUAGUUAUAGUCACGAAGUUCAAAACUUUUAUUGCGAACGCUCCCUGGAUAGACGUUAGUGGGAGCACUCAUUCCCUCGCAUGUCCCAUUUCCUCUGUGAAUCAAUGUGGUAAACCAAAUAUCAAACAAACAAACAAAAACGCAAAAAUUAAAAGUAACGAUGUUUUAUCAUUAACUUUUCCUUUUUUUUUUUUAAUAAUUUGGACUUUGGUUUAUCAGUGCAGCUGCAAGGCGAAUAUGUGUCUCUCUAUUAAAACAGUUUCUUGCAGGGCAAAAAGCUGUUCAACUAUGACAUGUGUUGAUACACAAUAUUUUUUAUUACAUUUUAUCAAUAAAAGUUUAAAAUGCU